CACACACUCACUCUAUCUCCCUCUUUCAUGCUCUCUCCCUCCCUCACUUUCUGUCAGUGUCAUUCUGUAGUGGAAAUGUGGAGUGUCUUUCUGUCUCUCUGUCUGUUUUUCCAGCCCAAUUCAGCUGAGGAAGUGAUGCUGCUGGACACAACAGAGUCUACCUCAGAGCUGGGCUGGACCACCUAUCCAGACACAGGGUGGGAUGAGGUCAGUGUCCUGGACGACCGGGGGAAGCUCAUACGAACCUUCGAGGUCUGUAAUGUCAACCAAAAUCCCCGUCAGCAAGACAACUGGUUGGCUACACCUUUCCUGUACCGCCACUCUGCUCCACGGGUGUUUGUCACGCUGCGUUUCUCAGUGCGUGACUGCGCCAGCCUGCGAUCACCAUCACCCACCUGCCGAGAGACACUCACCCUGUACUACAAACAGGCCGACUCCCAGAGAGAGCUGGAGAGGACCUGGGUAGCUGAGUCGUCCACUGGAGAGAAGGACACCAGGGAGGGUUGGGUGAAGAUCGACACCAUUGCAGCUGAUAAGAGUUUCUCCAAGGUGGAGCCCAGUUCACCUCACCAGUAUCAACCCAACAGAUACAGUCGAAUCAACAUCAAGACACGCAGCUUUGCCCCACUCACACGGAAUGGAUUCGUCCUGGCAAUCGUCGACAGUGGUGCUUGUGUUUCCCUCAUGGGUGUGUCUAUCUUCUACCGCCGCUGUCCAGCCACCAGCCUCUACUUGGCAUCCUACCCGGCAACUCCCUCAGGGGCGGAGCCGACUGCCUUAGUUCCCGUGAGCGGGACAUGUGUCCCCCACAGUAAAGCACAGGGAGGCACACCCCCUCGAAUGCACUGUAAUGCUGAAGGGGAGUGGAUGGUUCCUGUAGGAGGAUGUGUCUGUGAUGAAGGCUAUGAGCCCAAUGUCAACGGAUCUGCCUGCUUAGCUUGUCCAGUGGGCUACUUUAAGUCCAUCUCCGUCUCUGUUCCCUGCUCGGUGUGUCCCUCCAAUAGCAGAACCAGCCAGGAGGGAUCAAGUGUGUGUGAAUGUCGCAGCGGCUUUUACCGGGCAGCCAAUGAUGCCAACUCUUCUGCCUGCACAACUCCUCCAUCUGCUCCGGUCUCUCUUUCCUGGGAGUAUGAGAGCGGUGAUGGCGGAGUGUCCUUAAGGUGGCGCCCUCCAGUGGACAUGGGAGGCCGCAACGAAGUGUGGUACGGGGUGGUGUGUCGCAUUUGCCCCUCAGCCACCUUCACCAACCCAACGUCAUGCUCCUGGUGUGGGGAGGGUGUCACCUUCAGCCCCUCCCAGACAAACCUGAAACAAACCAAGGUCACCCUCAACAACCUGCUGACCAGAGUCACUUAUCUCAUACAGGUGCAAGCCAUGAAUGAGGUCUCAGCUUUGAGUCCUUUUCCAGCUCGAUACUCAAGCAUCAAUUUCACUACUAGCCAGUCAGUUCCCAGUACAGUUCCCAUGAUGCACCAGCUGAGCCGAGCCCCAGACUCCAUCACUCUCUCAUGGCCUCAGCCGGACAGGCCCAAUGGAGACAUCCUGGAAUACCAGCUUAGAUACUAUGACAAGGGUUCAGAUGUGGACAGUGCAGUGAGUGUGUACAGUGAGACCAACACGGUGACCGUCAACUCUCUGAUUCCUGGCUCCAUCUACGCCUUCCAGAUCAGAGCUCGAAAUGAGCGAGGCUACGGCCCCUACAGCAACACCAUCUACUUCACCACCCUGCCUCUGGAGGAACAUUCACAGCAGAUCCAGAAUCGACUUCCUCUGCUGGUUGGGUCAGUGAUGGGUGGAGCAGCAUUUCUUCUGGUUGUGGCAGCAAUUGUGGUUGUGGUGGUAUUUCGCAGUAAGAGGAGGGAGAGUCCGUACAGUGACAGACUCCAGAGGUACAUCAGUAACCGAGGUGGAGUUAAGUAUUAUGUGGACCCAUCCACUUAUGAGGACCCCAGUGAGGCUGUCAAAGAGUUUGCCCGUGAGAUAGAUCCUACUCAUCUCAAGAUUGAGGAGGUGAUUGGUGCAGCCCAGUUUGGGGAGGUUUCUCGGGGCCGCUACCGUCCUCUGGGGCGAAGGGAGGUGCUGGUAGCAGUGAAGACUCUACGAUGGGGGGCGUCCGACAGAGAGAAGGGUAUGUUUCUCAGUGAAGCAGGGGUCCUGGGACAGUUCGACCACCCCAACGUACUGAAGUUAGAGGGUGUUAUCACUCGUAGUCCCCCAGAGAGGAUCAUCACGGAGUUCAUGGAGAACGGGCCCUUAGACGCCUUCCUCAGGGAGAACGAGGGCCAGUUCAGCAUCCUCCAGCUUGUUGGGAUGCUUAGGGGAAUUGGUGCAGGAAUGCGUUACCUCUCUGAGAGAAACUUUGUCCACCGCGACCUGGCGGCUAGGAAUGUGUUGGUCAACUCCAACCUGGUCUGUAAAGUGUCUGACUUUGGUCUGUCUCGACUCAUGAGGGGCCUGGACCACAACAUACCUACGUACACUGCCUCACUGGGCAGUAAGAUUCCUGUGAGGUGGACGGCACCAGAGGCCUUCCAGCAUCGCAAGUUCAGCUCAGCUAGUGAUGUUUGGAGCUUCGGCAUACUUAUGUGGGAAGUUAUGUCAUAUGGAGAGCGUCCAUACUGGGACAUGAGCAAUCAAGAAGUGAUGAAGGCAGUAACAGACCAAUAUCGUCUCCCUGCCCCCCACAACUGCCCCCCAGCCCUCCACUCUUUGAUGCUUCAAUGCUGGCAGGCUGAUCGAGGGGACCGGCCAGCCUUCGACUCGCUCCUGUCCUCCUUGGAUCGGCUCAUCAGGCACCCUGCCUCCCUCAAGGCAGAGCCAACUCGAAGCUGCUCUCAGCCGCUGCUCAGCCCCACCCCCACAGACUUAUCUUCAGUGGCAACAGUGAGUGAUUGGCUGAAGGCGCUGCGGAUGGAGAGGUAUCAGGACGAGUUCGAUCAGGCGCAUCUGGACACAUUAGACAGAGUCAGCAUCCUCACCAUGGAUGACGUCCAGAAUCUCGGGGUGAACCUGCUGGGACACCAGAGGAAGAUCGUCAGUGCAGCCCAACAGCUCAGGGCCCAUCUGACGCAGGGGCAGAUUGAGGUGUGAAAUCCAUCUACAGCAGAACCUGUACCACGGAUUUCUGUGGAAGCAGCGGAAUGUGUCUGGUUUCGGUACCAUUCAUUUCAAUGGAGCACAUUAUUAAGCCAAAACAAAAAGAGAAAAAGCUUUCGUCUGAGGAAAAGCAUCGAGUGCCACUGUUUAUUCUGAUAAAACCGACGUUACAACCAGGAGUGAAAAAGAGGAUCGGACUUCCUGCCAGUCAAUCAAGACAAAAAACAGAGGACAGAUGCACUAUGGGAGCUGUGGUCCAUGUCAAAUUGAGGUUAGGGAGUUAGAGGAGAAGAGAUUCCUCAAUGUUUUCCUCAAUAUUUUUCACUAGAUUUCACUUUAUUGUUGUCGGCCGCCUUCCUUCCUCACCAAUCUGUAAUCCUACCUCUCACCUUCUCUUCCACUGCUUUUCAAUUUCAGUGAGUACAGAAACUAUAAAAAUGUUUUUGAUUACACACUCAUGGAGAUCUCUCCACACAAAGAAUUGCGUGAAGACAAUCAAAGCCUUUUUGUAAUAUUUUUUGAGUUGUUUGUAAAGUUAUAUCACUUCCUCUCUACUUAAAAUGCCAAAAUGCUAAAAACUGUUAACACAAAAAGACAACAGUGUACUACCUAGCAGCCUAUGGUUCACCUUUUAAGAUGUUACCAUUAGCUUUCAGAAAAAUGUAUAGUCCGUCCAGUGUUUCAACAAAAUGCUAUAAACCACAAGUCCAAAAUCAGUAUUGCAACUGCUGGGGUUGGAUAUGAAUCACUGCCAUGAUAUUGUGAAAACAUAAAGAUACUUUUAAAAACUGUAAGCCAUGUUUCUUCUUCUUUGAAAGACAUAUCUAGGGUUUGAGAGCAGCCCUGUUUGUACAGCUCACUCUUACUCUCUCAGCGACAACGGAGCUCAUGUACUGUAAUACUACAAUCUUCACCUCAGCUGCAAACACAAACAUCCAUCUGUGAUGAAGACAGAACCGAACAGCACCCACCUUUAUGUACAUUUCACACUUCACCUCUUUUGUUUGAUUGCAAGAGUAAAGGCACUGAGUCAUUGAAGCAUUGUGAAUGUGUGAAAUGGGAAAGAUGGACAAAAUCUGAUCUGAUUUACACUUGAAGGAAGGAGGCGAAAUGCUUUGUAAGUAUUUACCCGUGUGUCUGUAACGUGUGUGUGCUGUAUAUGAGGCUGUGUUAAUGUGUACAUCAGGUAGCUUCUGUACAUGACGCUGUGUGUAUGCGUGUGUGUGUGCGUGUGUGUGUGUUUGAGACAGUGUGUCAGGCUACACACAUUAUUAGCUGUGUUUACUUGUAUGAGUGUUCACCACUAAUCCAUAAUUGUGCAAAUUUGUAAAAUAAAUGAUAUGGUUUUAUUUAAAA